UCAUGCACGUGUGACUGAGAGAACUGGCGCAGCCAAACUAUUCAUCUUACCUUUAGUGGAUGAAUAUAUGUAUAGAGAGUUAACAAUAAACCAGUUCAUGAGAACACGCUUUUGUAAAUUGCUAAACCUGAUGCGAGGGAUAAUUGUUUUCAUCAUCAAUUGCUGCGCAAGACCCGCGUAAGCUGUCAUCCGUAUAAGCCGCUCAGAAAACAGAUCCAUGAGAUCACAUGAGCUUUAAUCGUUGGACUAUUUCCGCGUUGGUUCAGACACUCAAUGGAGGAGCUGUGAGGCGAGUACGAUUCAUUUUUUAACGUGUCGCAACGCCGUGGAUCGAGCUGGGGGGUACAUUGGACAGAAGGAGACGCACAGACACGCGGCGCUCUGCAGACAUGCUCACUCGCGUCAAAUUCGCAGUGGCCAGCUUCAUGGGUGGAAUCAUGGCCGGAUCGUCUAAUAAUAAUAAUAAUGAACGCUCGGGUGGCUCGGACCUGCCGCUUAAAUACCCCUACAUGAGACCCAAGUUUCUGGGACUGUCGGCAGAUGAGAUUGAGUGCUCGGCGGAUCACAUCGCGAGACCUAUCCUGAUCCUAAAAGAGACUCGCAGGUUGCCGUGGGCGACGGGAUACGCCGAGGUGAUAAAUGCAGGUAAGAGUGCUCUGAAUGAGGACCAGGCAUGCUGUGAGGUUGUACUGGUUAAGAAGAAGCCUAUAGGAUCCUUGACACCCAGAAAGCUGCCUACAAGUAGAAGGAGGUCGUCUCUUCCCAAUAGCGAUGGCAUGGGCAUGUUGGAAAAUAAUGAUUGUAUUUGUCCACAAGACUCAGAAGGGCUGGUCUUCCAUUACUGGGCUCUGUUUGAUGGUCACGCUGGCUCAGGAGCGGCAGUGGUGGCUUCCAGACUGCUACACCAACACAUUGUGGAGCAGCUCCAAGGUGUUCUGGAGGUCCUGACUAACUUGGUGUGUCUUCCUCCAACUGUAUUGGGUGAAGAACCCAACUACCAUCCAUCCCCAGGCACACAAAGGGUUCUCACCCGGGCUGCCUCCCUACGCGUUGCCACUGGUGCCCCUGGCUCUCCCUGCACCCCUCCAACACGGUUCUUUGUGGAGAAGAAGAUCCAACAUGAAAGCCUUGUGAUUGGUGCCUUGGAGAAUGCCUUCAAGGAAAUGGAUGCCCAAAUCGAGACAGAGAAAGCUAUAUACAAUAUCUCUGGUGGCUGCACUGUGCUUGUAGUGGUCUUCCUGCUGGGAAAGCUGUAUGUUGCUAAUGCUGGAGACAGCAGAGCCAUUAUAAUUAGAAAUGGAGAGAUAAUUCCUAUGUCCACAGAGUUUACCCCUGAGUCAGAGAGACAAAGACUUCAGUUCCUUGGUUUCAUGCAACCCCAUCUGUUAGGAGGAGAGUUCACACACUUGGAGUUCCCCAGAAGAGUUCAACGAAAGGAGGUGGGCAAGAAGAUGUUGUACCGGGACUUCACCAUGACUGGCUGGGCUUAUAAAACCAUUGAGGAUGAGGACCUCAGAUUUCCUUUGAUAUAUGGAGAAGGAAAAAAGGCACGAGUGAUGGCCACCAUAGGAGUGACACGUGGUUUAGGAGACCAUGACCUCAAAGUCCAUGACUCCAACAUCUAUAUUAAACCAUUUCUGUCAUGCUUUCCAGAGGUGAAAGUGUAUAACUUGACACAAUAUGAGCAUGGAGCAGAUGAUGUGUUGGUGAUGGGAACUGAUGGCUUGUGGGAUGUCCUUUCCAAUGAGGAAGUAGCAGAGACUGUCACCUCAUUCCUGGUCAACUGUGAUCCUGAUGACCUUCAUAGGUACACAAUGGCAGCCCAAGACCUGGUAAUGCGUGCCAGAGGAGUUCUCAGGGACCAGGGCUGGCGAAUCAGCAAUGAUCGACUUGGCUCUGGGGAUGAUAUCUCUGUUUAUAUAAUUCCCCUGAUGUAUGGUAAUCGUCAGCUGUAGUGUAGGGUACUGUUAAUGUACAUUUACAUUUCCUUCUUCCCCUCACUUUUUGGAUCAGUAUAAUAAUCAGUAUAAUAUGAGCUGUCGUCCUCCUGUAGUAACAACCAUCAGAACACUUGGAAGUUUUUAGAUGUAUAGAGGAACUUUGAUAUGGAGACAUGAGAAAAUGACAAUCGCCUAACUGGCAAUAUUGAUGUAUGAAUUUGCCUGACAUACUGUAGUUGUAAAUAUUUCUUAAACACUCAAUGUAUUUUUGUUUUUGUUUUGUUUUGUUCAGUUUUUACUAUAUCCACCCAAAGUUGCACUGUAAUAGUGUUUUCAUGUUGGUUUGACACCCUUCCUGUCCUCUAUAGCAGGUUCCCAAUAUUUUUCCAGGACACCCCUAUUCUAAUUCUAUUCACCCACAUUCUAAAUCCGUAAUAACUCAACCAACCCCCAACAUGUAAAUGCUACUUUAUUAGGUAUUACACCAGCCAUAGCUCAUCUGUAUAGGCAGUUGGGGCAGUGCUCCACCAAAAUAUUCAUCCACUUGAAAGCACAGAUCUCUAUGCACUGAAUCAUUCCAACAUUUAACUAUAUGUUACAUUGUCAUAAAUGUGUUCAGCAUUAUUCAGCAAAUAUUUCUAGACUAAAAUGAACUGGGCAUAUUAAUGUUUAAUGCAUGAGUUCAGUAGACAGAUUUGCUAUGUUAUGAUCAUAUUAAGUGGCAAAAAAAAAAGAAAUUUGUGAAAAAUUGUGUUGGCCCAGUAUGCCAGAUUAUCGAUCCAACCCUGCUGAUGAGAUAGGCGGAUGAUGUCUAGGGGGAUCUCCUGCCAGACCCAAGUCAGGGCAACAUUGAGACAAGUCUGUGGUGCUACUUUACAGCUUUGGAUGCUCUGAUACAUAACAUCCCUGAAUUGGAUUGGUUCUGAAUUGAAUUCAGGUCUGGAGAAUGUGAGGGCCAGUCAAUGGCAUCAAUGCCUUUGUCAUCCAGUAACUGCCUACACACUAUGGCCACAUGAGGCCAGGCAUUAUCAUGCACAAGGAGGAACCCAUGGCCCACUGCACCAACAAAAGGUCUGACAGUGGCUCUGAGGAUUUCAUCCCAGUACCUAACAGUAGUGAAGAGCCAUCAUGCCAUCCUCAUGGAGUCUGUUUCUGACUAUUUGGUCAGAAACAUGCACACCAGUAGCCUGCUGGAGGUUGAUUUGUAGGGUUCUGGCAGUGAUCCUUCUGUUCCUCCUUGCCCAAAGGAGCAGAUACUUUCAAAUUAUAAAUGAUAAUUAAAGAUGUUAUUAAAAUUAAAGGGUUAGUUCACCCAAAAAUGAAAAUUCUGUUAUUAAUUACUCAUCCUCAUCUUUUCAAACCCGUAAGACCUUUGGAAUACAAAUUAAUAUAUUUUUGAUGAAAUCCGAGAGCUUUCUGACCCUCCAUAGACAGCAAGGGUACUACCACGAACAAGGCACAGAAACGUAGUAAGUAUCAAUAAAAUAGUCCAUGUAACAUCAACUGUAAUUUUAUGAAGCUACAAGAGUCACCCUGAUUUUGAAGAGUAUCACAAUGCAUGUGCAUGCUUUGCUCUGAAUGUAAUAAGGCUCAGCGCAUGCUUGUUCUUUGUCAGCAGCAUCAUGCGUUUGCGUCGUUUACGUGCAGGAAAAGCACGCGCAUACAUCAUGAUACUCUCCAAAAUGGUGCCAGGGUGAGAAGAUUUGUUGAAUUAAGUCAUUAUUUUUGUUUUCUUUGCACACAAAAAGUAUUCUCAUAACUUAAAGGUUGAACCACUGAUGUCAUAUGGACUAUUUUAUCGGUCACACUUUAUAUUAGGUGGCCUUAACUACUAUGUACUUACAUCAGAAAAUAAGUACAAUGUACUUAUUGUAUUGCAAAAAUUCACUACUGUUAUGUCUUGACUUAUAUAAAGUAAGGAGAAGUCAGAAGGGGCAAGAGUACUCAUAGAGAACUUUUAUACAUUCAAAAAUGUAUGGCAAAAAAUGCUCUGAGGCAUACAAUCACUUGGCAGGAAGUGGGAGUGUCUCUCUCAGAUAUGGAUCUGUUAGUGUCCUUUAUCUGCUCUCUCCACCAGUUACUGAAAUCAGAGACAAGUGUUAAUCAUCACACACUUGACCUAUUUUCUUACCACUCGGCUUGUGACUCAUUCUCUUGUAGCCGACUCCACUUUACCACACCCCUUUUGCCACUUACACCCAUCGCCUGACUCAGGCUGGGGAGCUGUCUCUUAGGGGAGACAUCAUUCUGAACCACUUUUCACUUGUGUUCAGGUUGUCGAUAAGGGCAGCUGUGCAUCACCACCUCUGGGGCUGCCUCAGUAUGUUGAUGGAUGAGAUUUGUAUGGCCUGGUAGGAGCAAGAAUACAUCUGCAAACUUGGCGUGCAACUUGGCCACAUCAGUGAGCUGAGCCCCCGAGACCAGAGCAAGAGGAUUGGAUUUGACACGUCUUUGAUCCAAGACCCUCCUUUCCACUUACUGCCUUUGCUAGCACUGUCAGUACCACCUCAUUCCAACAUUUCAGGAGACUGAGGUGGUUAAUCUGACGUGCUCCACUCUUAUAAAUUUGUCUAUAUGCUCAUAAUUGAGAUCCCCAACUCGUUGUGUGACCUCAAAGGGCCCUUGCCACUUAAUUUAGAACUAGAUAUUGGGAACAAUACAAGCACUUUAUCUCCCAGUGCAAAUUCACUCAGUUGUAUGCCCUUAUUAUGUAGCCAGCUUUUUCUCUCCUGGGCCUGCAGCAAAUCUCCAUUGAGAGCCCCAUCAACAUGUGGAAUUUUGCUCUGCGGUCCAAGACAUACUCAGACUGUUUGAAGGCCUCUGUAAGAAUGUCAAGAACACUAAGGAGUACAAAACUAUUUUAUGUCCAAAAGGGCUAAAAGUCGCAAUAUGACCAAAAUCUUAUAUCAUAUGAGUAAUUUUAUUUUGUGAUAACAAUUUAUAUCACAAUAUAGUUAUUUUUGCUUUAAGUAAGGCUUUUAUGAUAUAAAUUUUUGAUACCAUAGAAAUUUCAUAAUUCUUGUCAUCAAUUUCAAUAUCACCGAUGUGAAAUAUUACUUAAAUUGUUUAUGUCCAAAAAAAAAAACACUGUCUUCACUGUGUAAAUUUAAAUAUAGAUAUAUUCCUAUUAAAGUUACAAAAGGGAUUCAGUUGAACGUAGCGAGAGAUUUUCUGUUUUUUGUUGUUUGAUUACCAUUAAUUACAAAAACAAUACCAGGUUUAUUAGCCUGCUCUCACUUUAAGACCUAAUCUUACUACAGAUCUAAUAUACUGACACACAUGCAUUUUUCUUUCUCAACUUCUUCCUGCUUUAUCAUACCACCCUUACCACACUUACAUAAGUGAUCUGGAGAGAGGUCUAUUUGGCAGGUAUUGGGUGAACAGUUAGUCAGAAAAUAAUGAAAACUUUUAACAAAGUGAACAUUAAUGUAAAGUGUUACCAGUAAAUUUUUAUAAAUGUACUGAUUGUGUACAUUUUACUGUCAUAAAUAAUGAAACCAAUAUUUGUAUUAUUGCAAGCUGUUUGAACAUGGUAUAUUGAGGAAGUCAAACUUGACCACUUAACACUUUUUACAAUCUGGUCACCACAUUUAAUUAAUAAAAUACUAUGAAUUAUUCCACUGGACUUUUGAAGUGUAAAAGGGGGAAUUGUGUCUUGAUUUAAAUACUUGCUCUUUACUUAUGUUCAUGCUCCUCAAGCACCUUAAAUAUUACAUUAUUAAAUUAUUAUAUUAAUCAAAGGUCACGUCAAGUCACCUUUAUUUAUGUAACACUUUUAACAAUACAGAUUGUGUCAAAGCAGCUUUACAGUAUUAAAUAGGAAAUAGUGUGUCAGUAAUGCAAAAGGACAAUAGUAAACGCUCAAUUUUCAGUUAAAGGCAGUUCAGCGAAUUCAGUGAAGUCAUCAUCCAGCUCAGUUCAGUUCAAAUAGUAUCUGUGCAAUCAAAGUCAAAUCAAACAUAUUUUCAUUCAUUUCAUACAAAUUACAAAUCAUGCAAAUCAUUUUCUCAAAACAAUGUACACAAAACUCUCAAAUGUUUUCACAGUAGUUAAUACAUCCAACCAAUACUUUAAAAUAUCUGAAAAAAUGUUUUACACAAAUCACAAACAUUUAUGUACCAUUUGGCCAAACACAACAAACAAAACUCAUUCGAUCAAAUGAACACGGUAUAUUUUUGAUUGGCCCUAAACUGAUAACUAUUUGGUUAAUCAUACACUUAACACAGGAAAUGCAGUUUUCCUAAUCGUUUACGCAUUUUUAUAUAUAUAUAUAUAUAUAUAUAUAUAUAUAUAUACACACACACACACACAUACAGUAUAUACUGUAUGUAUAUAUAUAUAUAUAUAUAUAUAUAGACCACUGUGCUGUAAAAGACUGAUCUGUAGUUAUCAGAAAAGUUUGUUUGCAGGUAGCACAAACAGAUUUAAAGGAUUUAAAUUGUUUAAAGGGGCAAUUAGUUUUUUCUCAUGGUGUUGGAUAACAAUUUUAAUUUUGUUUAGAUAUACACAGUAUACAUAAAAUAAAACUCCCUGUUGAAGAAUUGCAAUAAACGUAUUUUAAUUUGCAUAUUUCUGCAUCUACAGCUGAAUGUUUCAUAAUCAAUAGAGAACACACCUAUAGAUUUUUAAUAUUUAUUUAUAAGUGCAGCACAAAUUAAUAUCUCGUGGCCACAACAAAACUAAGUGAACCGUGUCCCCUCCCGGUUACCAUAUGUUUCAACUACAUAUAUUUGCAUCAUAUAUAAAAUUGCUGUUGACCUGAAAAAAUAUGGCUCAGUGUGUUUUUUAACUGUCACCUUGCUUUGUCAUCACAUUUGAUAUUGUUCUAUACAGAACUAUAUGUUGUAUACAGAACUAUAGGUAAUAAACAACCCAGAGAACCAUUCACACACUUGAUUCAACAUUGUGAAAGUAAAAUGUAUUUUGUAAUUUUUGUAAAAUUCAGCUGAACGUGAAUAUGAAGUACAAUUAUAUUUUUAAUGCCUGUUACUUAAUGUACAGUUGUUGUGAAUCAUAUUUUUAUGCAUUUCAAAAA